AUGGGGAAGGCCAAGGAUAAGGCAAACGAUCUCAAUGAGCUCAAACAGGAGGUCAAAAUGGAUGAGCAUAUGGUUCCUCUUGAGGAACUGGCCGCAAGAUACGGUUCGAAUAUCGAAACUGGUUUGACAAGAGCAAAAGCGGCAGAAGUCCUUGCCCGAGAUGGACCGAACGCCUUGUCUCCACCUAGAACCACACCGGAGUGGAUUAAGUUCUGCAAGAAUCUCUUUGGAGGAUUUGCACUUCUUCUUUGGGUUGGAGCUUUUCUUUGUUACAUCGCUUACUCAGUCGAUUACUUCACCAUGGAAUAUCCUUCCAAGGAUAACUUGUAUCUUGGGAUUGUGCUGAUGACUGUCGUUGUUAUCACUGGUUGCUUUCAAUACUAUCAAGAAAGCAAGUCGAGUAAGAUCAUGGAUUCAUUCAAAAAUAUGGUUCCGACUUUCGCCCUUGUUCAUCGUGAUGGGCAGAAGCAACAGAUCCGUACUGAAGAGCUUGUAGUCGGUGACAUAGUUGAGGUGAAAGGAGGAGAUCGGGUACCAGCUGAUAUACGGGUGAUCUCUGCUUUCGGUUUCAAGGUGGAUAACUCAUCUCUUACUGGGGAAUCAGAGCCACAAAGUCGAUCACCAGAGUGCACCAAUGAAAAUCCACUAGAAACUCGUAACGUCGCUUUCUUCUCCACUAACGCGGUUGAAGGGACUGCGAAGGGAAUUGUCAUCUAUACUGGCGAUAGAACGGUGAUGGGUCGUAUUGCCCAUCUCGCUUCUGGCCUUGACACAGGAAUGACACCUAUUGCUCGCGAGAUUGAGCAUUUCAUCCAUCUUAUAACUGGGGUAGCUGUAUUUCUUGGAGUCUCCUUCUUCAUUAUUGCUUUCAUCCUGGGAUACCAUUGGCUCACUGCAGUUGUGUUCCUCAUAGGUAUCAUUGUCGCCAAUGUACCUGAAGGACUAAUUGCUACGGUAACCGUGUGCCUUACUUUGACAGCAAAAAGAAUGGCAAGCAAGAAUUGCUUAGUGAAGAACUUGGAAGCAGUAGAGACUCUUGGGUCAACAUCAACGAUCUGUUCGGAUAAGACAGGGACACUCACGCAAAAUCGUAUGACGGUCGCACAUAUGUACGAUAAAACGAUAGAAGAGUGUGACACAACUGAGAACCAGUCGAGCGCGGCCAGUAACAAGGGUGGCCCAACUCUUGAUGCCCUUCUUCGAAUUGCUGCUCUUUGUAAUAGAGCUGAGUUUAAACCGGGCCAACAAGAUAUUCCAAUACUUCGUCGUGACUGCACAGGUGAUGCAUCUGAGAUUGCGCUGCUAAAGUUUACUGAGCUAACGCUUGGUAAUAUCAUUGCGGUUCGUGAAAAAUCUCCCAAAGUUGCUGAAAUUCCAUUUAAUUCCACCAACAAAUAUCAGGUCUCAAUUCAUGAUAUACCAAACAAUGACUCUUAUCUGCUUGUCAUGAAAGGAGCUCCCGAAAGAAUUCUCGAUGUUUGUUCAACGUUACUUCUGAACGGAAAAGAAGAACCACUUGAUGACAAAAUGCGCGCCGAUUUCAACACAGCUUACCUUGAGUUGGGAGGCAUGGGAGAGCGUGUGCUUGGAUUCUGCGAAUUUCACCUACCGCCUGAUAAGUUUCCGAAAGGUUUCAAGUUUGAUACAGAAGAGAUCAAUUUUCCCCUAAGGGGCUUACGCUUUGUGGGGCUUAUGUCUAUGAUUGACCCGCCACGUGCUGCUGUGCCGGACGCUGUAGCCAAGUGCAGAUCGGCUGGUAUCAAGGUUGUCAUGGUCACCGGUGAUCAUCCAAUCACUGCUAAGGCUAUUGCUAAGUCUGUGGGUAUUAUAAGUGAAGGUACUGAGACUGUGGAAGAUAUUGCUAUUCGUCGAGGAAUCCCAGUUGAGGACGUCGAUCCACAUGAGGCUAAAGCUGCGGUUGUUCAUGGUUCAGACCUUAGAGAAAUGAGUGAGGAUCAGUUAGCUGAGAUUAUCCGUAACCAUUCCGAAAUCGUUUUCGCUCGUACCUCUCCCCAACAAAAAUUGAUGAUCGUGGAAGGGUUCCAGAAGCAGGGACAAAUUGUUGCUGUCACUGGUGAUGGUGUUAAUGAUUCGCCUGCGCUAAAGAAAGCGGAUAUUGGAGUUGCGAUGGGCAUUGCUGGUUCUGAUGUCUCGAAACAAGCUGCGGACAUGAUUUUACUUGAUGAUAAUUUCGCGUCGAUCGUCGUUGGAGUGGAAGAAGGACGUCUUAUUUUCGACAACUUGAAGAAGUCUAUCGCUUAUACUCUGACCUCCAACAUUCCUGAAAUCUCGCCAUUUCUCACCUACAUGUUGUUUGGGAUACCACUUCCACUUGGAACGGUCACUAUUCUUUGCAUUGAUCUUGGAACUGACAUGGUGCCGGCCAUCUCUUUGGCUUACGAAGAAGCAGAAUCUGAUAUUAUGAAACGACAGCCUCGCGAUCCUAUACGUGAUAAGUUGGUAAACGAACGUCUCAUUUCUCUUGCGUAUGGUCAAAUUGGCAUGAUUCAGGCCUCCGCUGGUUUCUUUACUUAUUUUUGGAUAAUGGCCGAUAAUGGAUUCUGGCCUAAAGAUCUCUAUCAACUUAGAGCUCAGUGGGAUUCUCGUGCAUAUAACAAUGUCCUCGAUUCCUAUGGGCAAGAAUGGACCUAUGCCAACCGAAAGAUCCUUGAGUACACUUGUCAAACGGCCUAUUUUGUUUCUAUAGUGGUUGUGCAGUGGGCUGAUCUGAUUAUCUCCAAAACUCGUCGUAACUCUAUUGUCCAACAGGGGAUGACAAAUUGGACACUCAAUUUUGGUUUGGUAUUCGAAACAGCGCUUGCAUGGUUCAUGUGUUACUGUCCAGGGCUUGAUAACGGAUUGCGUAUGUACGGUUUAAGAUUCUCUUGGUGGUUUUGCGCUCUUCCAUUCUCUGUUCUCAUCUUCAUCUAUGACGAAGCUCGUCGUUAUUGUAUCAGAAGAUGGCCUGGAGGAUGGGUUGAGCACGAGACAUAUUACUAA